CGUUUCAGAAAAUAAUAAUAAUAAAAUCCUAUUUUCUGUUGGCCUAUCUUAAACCCUAUUUCACCUUCAGCUGCCCCCCUCCCUCUCCUUCCCAGCCACUGCAUCUCGCGCCGCCGCACGCCGUCUCAGUGGGUGCCGCAAUCUCAGCCUUCCGACGAAAUCGCCGCCGCUGCCUCCCUCCUUCCAAAUUCAAGAGUUCCACAGGGGAUAAAACGAAGAACAAUUCCCAUUCGAACGAUCUUUAUUCCCCAAACCAAUUUCUCGGCUCUACUGAAGCCAAUCGCCGGUCGGCGAACAGUUUCUCGGCGACGCCUCUUCAGCUCUCUCUUCCUUCCUCACAGUCUCGAAAAGUGUUUCCGGCCGCUGCUCUCACGGCCGACGCCCGGCCGUUGUAAUUGUGACUAUCUCUAUUUCUCGGACAAAAACGCAAGUUCAUCCGACUUUCUCUGCCCCUCAGUCUCUCAAUUUAUUUCUUUCCCUCUAGCCGUGUCGUGAUUUCUUCUAGAUUACGGAUGGAGGACUUCUUUUUCUUUGCAGCUAGAAGAACGGAAAGAUGCGACAUAGCAAGGAUCUUUUGUAUUUGGAGCGGAAGGAUUUAUCCUCUUCGUCUUUAGAGUCCUCACUGCUAGUUUGUAAAAAGAACUCAACGUCCAAGGAGCCCCGUCGGAAUGAAAAACCGAUUACUGAACCGGCUUCAAAAAGCCUAGUAUUGGGAAGAGUCAAAGAUUUUUUAGGAGUAAUAUCAGAAGCUAAUAAAAAGCUGCAAAUGGAUGCAAAGGACAAUGCUGAAAAAUAUGAUAUCGAAGCCCUCGAUGGCAAUGAAUCUAAAGUGAUUGAAUUGGACCUGAUGUUGGGUAUUGCCGAUCUUCAUACUCCUGAAGCUGUGGCCGCUGCUGAAUCUGCAAUAAUUGGUAAUCAGCCUGUAAUUCCAUUGACUUGUAGUAGUAGUAGUGAGUCAGAAUCUGAAGAGAGUAGUGAUGAUAGUAUUACCAGUAACGACAAUAAUGAUGACAAUGAAAAGAGCGACGAUCAGAAUACUGACCACAGUAACAGAUCGUCAGUUAAACUCAAAAGAUCAAAUUCUAGGAAAACCAGCUGUAGAAGUAAAAGCAAAGGAAAAAGUAAAUCAGAAAAGCGACCAAAGAUUCUAGAGCUCUCUUAAGAGCCAUCUUUUGAUCACACCUAUUGCGUCAAUAUGGAUGUGUCGUUAUGGUUUAAAAGUUUCAUUCACUUUUGGUGUCAUUGGGGGAAGUAUAGGAAGCUUCUGAAGCUUGCACUGAGAAAAUCACCAAGGUAGAUUGCCAGCCUAGUCCUUUAAGCUUGGGCGGUAGAAAUCAAUUUCGCGCGACUGUAUGAUUUCAAGUUUUUUCUCUCCUCACCUUGAUCAUGAUUUCAAUUUUCAAGUGCAGAUAAGGUGAUGUCUUUAUGCAUUUCUUUUAGAAACUCCAAUAUAAUUUCAAGUUGUAAUUAUUCUUGGUCAGUUUGUCAGCCUUGGUUUGUAUACUUGAUGUCGAACUUCGAUAUUUCACAAUGGCCAUUUUUUUCACUUGAGCAUGAAUCAUCAUCCUUUUUUCU